AUGCAAGAUGGUUAUGAAUGGGCAAGGAUCGCAGAUAAUCAAACUACCUUCGAGAGUGCAGUUAAGAAACUGAUUAAAGAACUCCAAGAUACCAGAGCUCCACCCUUCAACAGGGUCUUUAUUUUGGUAGAGAGAGGAGAGACUCAAUCAAGCCUGCUUAGUACUAAUUUUUAUGCCAAUUCCUGUCCCAAGGUUGAGGCUAUUGUAAAAAAUGUUGUUAGUUUGAAAUUUAAUCAGACAUUUGUUACUGUUCCUGGGACGCUGAGGCUUUUUUUUCAUGAUUGCUUCGUUGAGGGAUGUGACGCCUCUGUGAUUAUCCAAUCUACUGCGAACAAUACGGCGGAGAAAGACUUUCCAGACAACUUGUCCCUGGCUGGGGAUGGAUUUGAUACUGUAAUCAAAGCGAAGCAAGCUGUAGAGAACGUAUGUCCUAAUAUCGUGUCAUGUGCUGAUAUCCUAGCCAUUGCUACCAGAGAUGUUAUACGACUGGCUGGAGGCCCAACGUAUAGCGUGGAGUUGGGGAGAAGAGAUGGACUCAUAUCUCAAGCAUCCAGAGUCAGUGGAAACCUGCCCAAGUCUUCAUUCAAUCUCGAUCAGUUGCUCUCUCUCUUCAACAACAAGAGCUUAUCUCUGAUAGAUCUGAUUUCUCUAUCUGCGGCACACACAGUAGGGUUUUCUCACUGCAAUCAAUUUUCGAGCAGAAUUUAUAGCACUCCAAUUGACCCCACUCUGGAUCCUACUUAUGCGAGUCAACUACAAGGAAUGUGUCCAAAAAAUGUGGAUCCUACCAUUGCUAUUAAUAUGGACCCUACAACUCCUAAUAUAUUUGACAAUGUCUACUACCAAAAUCUCCUAAAUGGUAAGGGCCUUUUCACUUCUGAUGAGGUAUUAUUCACAGACGGACGGUCCAAACAAACUGUUCAACUCUAUGCAAAGAAUGUCUCUGCAUUUAAUCAAGGCUUCAUAAAUGCAAUCACAAAUAUGGGUCGGAUUGGUGUUAAGGUGGGAAAUCAAGGACAAAUUAGAAAAGAUUGCAGCGCUUUCAAUUAGUAAGGCUGAUUCUUAGAUUUCUCAAUCAAUUUAA